AGCUUCAACUUUUUGCAAAUCGCUCCAGAGCUUGAGCAGAGGAGGUGGUGGUAGGUGCUUCUCCCCCUGUGUGCCAGCUGACUGACGCGUUUGCGCCUCCAGCGCAGGAACCAUGACUUCCAGAGACUGCUGAAGGUGCUGGACCUCCAGCCCUUGGAGCGCCUCUCUGCAGCUUAUACCCUCAUCCUUAAAAAAAAUAAAGAAAAGUGUCUUCGGUCUCCAAAGCUCUGGUCAAGGAUGACUCCCAGCCACCAGAGAGGCUUUUGCGUCUCCGCUUUGCUGGCGUGUGUGAUAAUCUGCAGCAACCUGCUAUGUCCCGUUUGUGCGUCUCUCUACAAGAACCGCUACGCAGGUGAUCAAGUCCUCAGGAUUACGCCAAGAAACGAUGAGGAGGUCCGAACACUCAAGGAAAUGCUGCGACAGGUGAAGGUGGACUUCUGGCAGCCGAACAUUGCUUCUCUAAUCCAUCAAAAUGCCACAGUGGAUAUUCAUGUGAAACGUAAAGACACACAAAGACUGCAUAUGAGCUUGACGAAGAAGAGAAUAGUUUAUUGGGUGCUUAUCCCCAAUCUACAGAAGGAAAUUGAAAAGCAGACGGUGCAUCGCUCCUCUCGCAAGCGAAGGUCGGAGUCGCAGUAUGACUACGAGGUGUAUCACUCCCUGGAAGAGAUCCAGAGCUGGAUGUUUGAGAUGAACAGAACCCACAGUGACCUGGUUGAUAUGUUCUCCAUUGGGAAAUCAUAUGAAGGAAGACCUCUUUAUGUGCUUCAGCUAGGAAAGAGAAGUCGGCCGCAUAAGAAAGCCGUGUGGAUCGACUGUGGUGUUCACGCUAGAGAGUGGAUAGGACCUGCCUUCUGCCAGUGGUUUGUCAAAGAGGCCAUCAACUCGUACCAGGACGACACAGUAAUGACACGACUCCUCGACCAGCUCAACUUCUACAUCAUGCCCGUCUUCAACGUGGAUGGAUAUCGUUUCAGCUGGAACUCGGAUCGAUUCUGGAGGAAGACGCGGUCGAAAAAUCGCAAGUUUCACUGCCGAGGAGUGGACGCCAACAGAAACUGGAAGGUCAAAUGGUGUGAUGAGGGCGCCUCCUCUCAUCCGUGUGACGACACCUAUUGCGGCCCCUUCCCAGAAUCUGAACCUGAGGUCAAAGCUGUCGCCAGGUUCCUGCGCAAGCACAAGAAGCGUGUGAAAGCAUACAUAUCCAUCCACGCCUACGCGCAAAUGCUUCUCUACCCAUACUCCUACAAGUAUGCCAUGAUCCCCAACUUUGACUGCGUGGAGUUGGCAGCUCAAAAUGCAGUGACAGCCUUGUACUCUGCUUACGGAGUGAAGUACAGAUACGGACCUGCCUCCACAACGUUGUAUGUUAGCUCUGGCAGCUCCAUCGACUGGGCCUACAGGAACGGGAUCCCCUACGCUUUUGCAUUUGAGCUGCGGGACACGGGAUACUUCGGUUUCCUCCUGCCUGAGUCCCUAAUCAGCCCUACCUGCACUGAGACCACGAGAGCUGUGAGAGCCAUCGCAUCGGGUCUGCUGAAAAAGUGUGACACGCACAGGGACAGAUUUCCAUAUAUAUGAGCAAAGUAAGCCGACGCCUUUGGCUCCCGAGACUGCAUAUUCCUCUGAGAUGUUAUCAGGUGAAGAGCUGACAGGGACAGUCAAAACAGGAAUUGGAUUGUUUGGGGUUUUUUCUAGGUUUGUUCAUACUAUUUAUGACUUUUGAUAAGACAUGAUGGGCUGCAUUCAGUUUGUUUACCUCCGAUAACCUUUUCUUUUCCUUAUAGUGAAUGAUUGUCAUGUGAGCAAUUGCUAACAAUACAGCAGCACUUUCUUUUCUAUAAAAACUCAGCAAAUUUUUGAAUGUCUUCCAAUGUUUUCUUAUAGUAAACAACCUGUUUCGGGCCAUGUCUUUAUUUUAUUAUAAUUUUUUUUUAAAUUAAUCUCAACAGUUGCCAGUUAAGAUUUUCACCUAAUGCCUUUAUUACUGCAAACUUGUUGUAUAUAAUAUGCUUUUAUUUGACAUUUAGUUUUUUUUUUGGUAGAACCAUGCCUUUUUUCUAUCUCCCUUGAUACAGAGUGAAAUAUUAAGUGGCCUGUCGCCUCUGUAGCUUUCUGUGUGCCGUUACUCAGGUAUGGAAGAAAGACAAUGUCAGAAAUGUUUACUUGUGACAGCUCACGUGCUAAUAAUGUAUGAUACCUGACUGUAAUAAAUGUUUUAUAAUGAAGAUAUU